AUGACUGCCACGGCCGCUCCACGCACGCCGGGCAAGCCCCGACGUAAUAGGUCUGACAGCCUUCAGAAAAUGCUUGAACUGGAACAUAUACAAAAGCUCGAGCGUCUUCAGGGGCACCAUACUCAACCAACGCCUGCCCACGCCUCCCACAUGGCGUUUCAUCAGGUUUUGAGUCAACAACUUAAUCAAGGCCGUUCUUCCCAGCUUCCUCCGAAACUAUCUCCUUUUCCCACUCUGCAUUCUCCGCCACAGGUGAAGCCUCUUGUUCCCUUACAGUCUCGCCGGAGGGACACGCUUCCGGCCAAAAAACCUGAACCUGAGAAACUCCCAUCUGCCAUGAAAGCUAUCCGCCGAACAACUGCUCUCCCCUCCCUUUCCAUCUCGGUGCCGCCGCCGGCAAACACCAAGACGGAAAUCGAUCGUGGACUAGGUCAGGAGGAGGCUGCAGAUCAUAAGCACAAGACAGUGACCUUCUUGGACGUCGAUACCCAGGACGAACCAACGGCGGACGACGCUUCUUCAAUCUGCAACUCCCCAAGUUGGGAGUCUUUUGGCCAGAAGAAGAAAAAGGAAAAGAAGAACGAAAUCAAGAUGCGCAAAAAGGAAAAAGAACAGGCCGACAAGCUGGCCGAAAAGGAGGCCAAAUCCGUCAAGAAGAAGCUGGCGGCAAAACUGCACAAGGUCUCACCAGCGACGAGGCCUCCCAGCGCCUCUAGGUCGCUGACAAGCCCCCUCAUGUUCGCUGAUGAGCGACUUCGUCCUGCCAGCUCUCAAGCCUUUUACGAGCCGCCACCCCCGAUCCGUCCUAACCAUGCCAGGCAACGUUCAGACUCGGUCGCCAUGCAGUUGAAAGCGGUGUUAACGGGUCAUAAGAUGCAAUAUCAGACCAAUGAUGAGCCAGGUUUCCUCGGCGGCUUGAAACUCGAGAAGGAAAGACAGGCGGCGACCGGUAUGUUGAACAAAAUGGCAAACCCCCAAAUCGCGAUGCUGGACCAGAGGUCUCAGUCAUUCGGAUAUGAGGUGAAAGUGUCAUCAGGUGACUUUGUUCCCCCAAGUCUUCCGCGUUCCGCUUCAGACGGGCCGCCAGCUGUGGAAGUGAACCAUCAACAGGGUCACAACGUCCGCUCUAAAUCACACCUCAGCACCAUGCAGGUUCCGACUUGGUCUCAGCCUUUGAUAUCGCCCACCGCACCACCCGUGCCAGAUGUGGGCAAGCUUCAGCAAUGGAAGGAUCGGACUACGCGUCACAAAAUCCCUGGGGCUGUUGAGGGCGAGGAAACAGAACUUGACCUCGUUGAGCCCAGUGUCGACUUCAACCAAGAACGAGGUCGUCGAAGAGAGAGUUAUGUGCACCAGCACCGACAGCAGAGCAAAGACCGCUCGAUCAAUGGCUUCAAUGACGAAGUUCGCGUAUCUUCUGCCACUUCUCACUAUCCACCCCAGGCCAGCCGACAGCACCAGCUACGAAAGAAUUCGUCUUCGUCGGAAAGCAGUCCGGUUGCAUCAAACUUCCCGCCUCGCCGCGGUUCUCUGGCCGCCGUCGACUCUUUGACGGAUCGUCAGGGCCAAGGGGAUGAUUUCCUCAUCACAUUCCGCCUCCCUUACACACCACCAGCACUUGAUCUUGAGGGAAGCCCAAGACAAGCCUCAUUUGACCGAUCAAUGUCAGAACAGCCGCCAAUGAUCAGAAAUAGACUUGUAUCAAAGGAGAUUCCCUUACCCCCCGAGAGGUCCGCAUCGCGAGAGACGACACCAUCCUCCCCAGCAUCCACUCCAAGUACAAGCAUUAGAAGCUUCAAGGAUGCCGCCAAAGCAGCUUUUCAAAAAGUUUCUCCUUCGAGUACUUCUAAGCCACCAGUAUCAAGUUAUUUCUCUCGAGCUUCACGCGACACCACGAUGACCCCGGAAUCUGCGUCUAGCUCGCGAUAUUCGAGUCAGGAGAACCUGUCUGUCCCGGUUCAGCCUGUUCGUCCUUUCGCCGAGCCAGCCGGGUCUAGCAUGCCAUCCAGAGAAUCAUCGGCUCGCCCUACCGACAGAUCAUCAAUGUCUUCUUUCGAAGAGCCCAUGUCUUCACCAUCCCCUGCAACAACACCUGACUCCUCAAGACCUCAGUCGGAGAAGGGGCUGCCUUCUGCAGAUGGGGAAAUGCGCAGAGCAGACAACGAGACAGUUAUGAUUACCGACGAUGAAAGGUCAUACAGGCAUUCCCACAAAGCUAUGCUGGCUGUUUCCUCACCUACCGGCUCGAACCCAAGGAUCAGUCUUCCGCCACAGAUCCCACCUCAGAUGCACGAGUCGCAUCUUUCCGAACUAGAAGCACUUGUGACGGAGAAGUUUGGCGGCAGAAAAGCCAGUGUUGCCGAUUGCGAGUCUGACAGCGAUGCCUCUCACGCCUGCCCGACACCCCUGUUUACAUCAGCGUUGGCAUCGCCAGUCACGUCUACAUCUAUUUCAAGCCCAAGAGAGUCUGAACAUCAAGUCUCUCAAAAAGAGAAUGAAGAAGUACCCCAGGUGAUCGAAGAGGUGAUUUCCGUUCAGCGUCGCCCGAGCUUGUCUAAGAGCCGUUCGAGCCCUGAUCUGGCCGUCGACACGAGCUUCCUUCCUAAGUUGAAGCAUCAGCCUCUCGUUCCGCGGCCCUUGAUUCCGCCUCCCCCACCUCGUUCAUCUAAGAGGACUUCCAGUCCAAAUAACAGAAAAUCUUCGCAACCAUCCUUGUCAGGGGAUGUGCGGAACUCCAUGGUUGCUCUCAAAGCGCCUGCAAACCCGUCUUCAUACCUUGAGCAAGCCCGCAAGUCCAUAUCGGGGCCUUCGCGAUCAAGUCGCGUGUCUCGAGCUUCGAUUGUACCACCCGACGGCAACGUCGAGCCUGUUGCCAAGAUGCUGGUCGAAUGUUGCGGCUGCAAGUUCUUGCAUGAUAUGCCGAGCAAGGUCUACGAAUGCAUGGCGCAACCUGAUGGCAUGGUGGAAGACAAGAGGUUGGGAGUUAGCGGAGUCAUCACCACCACAGUAAAGUGCCCGUGGUGCGCUCACGGCAUGACUACCAGGUGCUGCGCUGGAUAUGCAGCCGUGGUAUACCUUAAAGAGAAGCUGCACUAG